GCGGCGGCGGCGCGUGCGCGCUGAGGCAGCUCGCACCGCUCCCCCGGCCGUCCUUGCCAGCCGGGCGGCGUGAGGCGGGAUGGGGCGCGAGGCGGCGCCCGGCGCCUGAGGAGGCCGAGCGGGACCCCCACGGUGUGAUGGACAGGUAGCAGAAGGUUUCACUUGGCUAUCAGGGAAUCAGAAUGACCGAGUGCUUCCUGCCUCCCACUUCCAGCCCCAGUGAACACCGUCGGGUAGAACACAGUGGGGGUCUUGCUCGUACUCCCAGCUCUGAAGAAAUCAGUCCAACAAAAUUCCCUGGGUUGUACCGCACCGGUGAGCCUUCACCACCUCACGACAGCCUGCAUGAGCCUCCAGAUAUAGUAUCUGAUGAUGAAAAGGAGCAUGGGAAGAAGAAAGGAAAAUUUAAGAAGAAAGAAAAAAGAACGGAAGGUUAUGCUGCAUUUCAAGAGGACAGUUCUGGAGAUGAAGCUGAAAGUCCUUCAAAGUUGAAGCGGUCCAAGGGAAUACAUGUCUUCAAGAAACCCAGCUUUUCCAAAAAAAAGGAAAAGGAUUUUAAAAUAAAAGAGAAACCCAAAGAUGAAAAACACAAGGAAGACAAACAUAAGGAAGACAAACAUAAAGAGAAGAAGUCAAAAGACUUGACUGCAGCAGAUGUUGUAAAACAGUGGAAAGAGAAGAAGAAAAAGAAAAAGCCAAUUCAGGAGACAGAGAUACCUCAAGUGGAUGUUCCCAGUCACAGACCCGUGUUUGGCAUCCCCUUGUCCGACGCGGUGGACAGGACCAUGCUGUACGAUGGCAUCCGCCUGCCAGCAGUUUUCCGUGAAUGUAUAGAUUACGUAGAGAAGUAUGGCAUGAAGUGUGAAGGCAUCUACAGAGUUUCAGGAAUAAAAUCAAAAGUUGAUGAGCUAAAAGCAGCCUAUGAUCGAGAAGAAUCUCCCAACCUGGAAGAAUACGAGCCCAAUACCGUAGCCAGCUUGCUGAAACAGUACCUACGGGAACUGCCUGAAAACUUGCUGACCAAAGAGCUAAUGCCCCGCUUUGAAGAUGCUUGUGGAAAGAGCACGGAAGCUGAGAAAGUCCAGGAGUGCCAGAGGCUGCUGAAGGAGUUGCCGGAGUGUAACCACCUCCUGAUUUCUUGGCUGAUUGUGCACAUGGACCACGUUAUCGCAAAGGAACUGGAAACAAAAAUGAACAUCCAGAAUAUUUCUAUAGUGCUCAGCCCUACUGUCCAGAUCAGCAACCGCGUCCUGUAUGUAUUUUUUACACACGUUCAAGAGUUCUUUGGGAAUGUGACCCUAAAGCAGGUGACAAAACCUCUUCGCUGGUCCAACAUGGCAACAAUGCCAGCACUUCCAGAAACACAAGAAAGCAUCAAAGAAGAAAUCAGGCGACAGGAGUUCCUACUGAACUGUUUACACAGAGACUUGCAGGCAGGGAUAAAAGACUUGUCCAAAGAAGAGAGACUCUGGGAGGUGCAAAGAAUUUUAACAGCUCUUAAGAGGAAACUACGAGAAGCUAAGAGACAGGAGUGUGAAACAAAGAUUGCACAAGAAAUCGCUAGCCUUUCAAAGGAGGAUGUCUCCAAAGAAGAAAUGAAUGAGAACGAAGAAGUUAUUAACAUUCUGCUUGCACAGGAGAACGAGAUUUUAACGGAACAAGAAGAGCUGCUGGCCAUGGAGCAGUUUCUGCGCAGACAGAUCGCCUCGGAGAAGGAAGAAAUAGAUCGGCUUCGAGCAGAAAUAGCUGAAAUACAAAGUCGCCAGCAGCACGGCCGAAGUGAAACCGAGGAGUAUUCUUCCGAGAGUGAAAGUGAGAGUGAAGAUGAGGAGGAACUGCAGGUCAUCCUGGAAGAUUUGCAGAGGCAGAACGAGGAACUGGAGAUAAAGAACAAUCACCUGAACCAGGCGAUUCACGAGGAGCGAGAGGCCAUCAUCGAACUGCGCGUGCAGCUCCGGCUGCUGCAGCGAGCUAAAUGCGAGCAGCAGGUGCAGGAAGAAGAGGAGCCAGAAAAGGCCCGCGGGGGGGUUGUUCCUCAGCAGCAAAGAGACAGUGUCCUGGAGACAAAAGCAGCCAAAGAGCAGCCAAAAGCAAGCAAGGAGCAGCAAGUCAAGCCAUCGCCCAGUAAAGACCGGAAAGAAACUCCAAUUUGAUCCGGCUCCUUGGAUAUGCAUAAAAUCAACCAAACUGUGCAAAUUACUGUAAUUUGAGUCAAACUGCACAAAUUAUUGCUGGCUGUGUACAUUCUGUAAAGAAACGUUUCUUUUAAGCCCUGGAGACUUUUGUCUCCAAUACUUGUGGCUUCUACUCAUCAGACUCAGGUGAGUUUGGAGAGGCCAGAAGAGUUUUCCAGUUAGUAUCAGAUUAUUUCAAGACUGGUUUCCUUCAGGUGAUUUAAAAUAAUUCAGUAACAGGUUUAUUUUAAACCAAAAUCAUUAUUGACAUUCAUUGGAGCAGAAUUGGAAAAAAAUCUCAUUUUUGGUAAAUAAACAAAAACCCACCCGCACUUAAUAAUUAUUUGCCUUGUGAAUCUAUUCAUCCUCAUUCACCAUUAUUUCUGCUUAUUAACCCAGUCACUUCUUGCUUGUGCCUUUGAUACCUUUCUGAUGCAGAUUAUAUACAAGGGAGCUUUAAAUUUAUUCUGGGUUGGCUGAAAAGGUGGGAGACUGCGGGGUAUCGCGUUUACCUAACAUGCCCUUAAGCUUCAUUUUUGUUCUGAGAUGUACUGAAUAAAUAUAAAACUUGAGAGAUGUUAUUUAUGUCCCUGUAUGAUGGCAGCAUUCAUGUCUUUAGCGAUGUAGGUAACCCAUGUGCUCAUUUAUAACCACCCUCAUCGCAGCCCUCUGACGGGCCGUACAGCCCACGGCUCGCUUCCUUCAUCCCGUUAAAUGUUCCAGUCCCUGGGAGAAAGGCGCUGACGGGUGCUUUAGGCAGCGACAGGGACGGGUUCUGUCACUUCAGACAGAUCUGCCCAACCAAGCAAUACAGCACUAAUUACUGCAAGUCACUCGUGCUUCCCCGAGGGGAGGCACUGGGGGUUCGGGGACAGCCCCUGGUUUUCAGCUGUUUCAGAAAGCACCGACCCCCACCUGGGACUUGCUGUUGGUUUGGCUGUUUCCCUGCUUCUGCCCAAAGCCUCCGGGGAGUUAAGGGCCAGCUCAUGUUCCCCACACACUCCCACGAGACCCCUCCAUCAGUUCAUCUCUAGACAGCAAACGCCACAGAGUGCAUACAGGCUAUCCUUAUUUUUUAAUCGGUAUAUUUAUUUUCAGCACCUGUUGGAUGUGGUUGUAUUCUUUAUCUAUUGCACUGUUGUGAAUCAUUGGCCAUGAUUUGAUUUUGUACAAAUAAUGCUUUGAUAUGUUAUAGAAAACAGCAUAGUAUUUUUUUAAAAUUUGGAAAAAAAGUUUAUAAACACAGAAAAUGUGGUCAGAUGACAAAUGUAAACUAAAGCAUUCUCCCUUGCCUUCGUUACAUACAUUUUAUAUUUGCUGGCAAUAUUUAAACCCUUUUUUGUUCGUUUGUUUAAUUCACACUAAUUCCUAUUGAAUUGUCGUGGAUUUUUCUAAUGUUCUUCAGACAAAUCUCUUAAUAUGGGUUAACUUUUAUUUUGUUAGGAUUGUAUUUAUCAAGCAAAUAAAUUCAACAGCCAUUUGAAAGUA